AUGUCUAUAUCGACAGCCCACAUUGUUGUGGGUUUGGCGAUUGUCUUGCUAAUGCUUAUAGCAGUGGUGGAGGCCAAAACUCCCCCUGGAAUAGCUGAUCAUCCAAGUCAUUCUCAUUGCUCAGAUGAUGAAAUCAAGCGAUGUAAAAAUCUUCCUCAUUGCCACCUCCUGAUGAUCACGGUUCACCAGAGCUACCACCACCAUCUCCUCCUAAGGAAUCAACUCCACCACCAUCUCCUCCUAAUUAAGAAAGAAACUCCACCGCCAUCUCCUCCUAAGGAAUCAACUCCACCGCCAUCUCCUCCUAAGAAAGGAACUCCACCGCCAUCUCCUCCUAAGGAAUACACUCCACCGCCAUCUCCUCCUAAGGACGAAACUCCACCGCCAUCUCCACCUAAGGAAUCAACUCCACCGCCAUCUCCUCCCAAGGAACAAACUCCACCGCCAUCUCCACCUAAGGAAUCAAGUCCACCACCUUCAUUGCCACCCUCAUCUCCUCCCCCAAGUAAUCCAUCUUCUCCUCCCCCACCUUCAUCUUCUCCUCCACCACCCUCAUCUGAUUCUCCACCUUCUCCAGCUUAUCCAUCGCCCACUCCUAAACCACCCACACCAAAGAACGUCAAUUGCAAGAACAAAUACUAUCCUAGGUGUUAUGCUGUCCAGCAUGUAUGCCCUACCUCUUGCCCGACCAGUUGUCAAGUUGACUGUGUCUCUUGCAAACCUGUUUGUAGUAAUAAUUUUAUUUGGGAUGCAAAGUGUGACAAGCCUGGAGCAGUUUUCCAAGUUCCACGUUUUACCGGUGGUGAUGGGAUUAUCUUCUACUUCCAUGGUAAAAAGGACAAAGAUUUUUACCUAGUUACAGACCCUGAAUUCCAUAUCAAUGCCCACUUCAUAGGAAGGCGAAACGAGAACAUGAAAAGAGACUUCACUUGGGUACAAUCCAUUGGUAUCCUUUAUGGCACUCACAAACUCUCUGUUGCUGGACUGAAAACAACAACAUGGGAUGAUUCCAUCGAUCGCCUCGCUCUCCACUUUGACAAUGAACCUAUAUUACUUCCUAACAAUGAAGGUGCAAGGGGAAAAUCUGAAAUUGUACCUAUGACAUCGAUUACAAGAAUCAGCAACACUAACGAGGUUGUCAUAGAUGUUGAAAAUGUUCCUACAAUCACAGCCAAGAUUGUGCCUAUUGCAGAGCAAGAAUCUCGAGUUCAUAACUACGGCAUAACGAAUGAUGACUGCUUUGCUCAUCUUGAACUUGGAUUCAAGUUUUUCUCUUUAACUGGUGAAGUGAAUAGCGUUUUAGGGCAGACUUAUAGGAAGGAUUGCGUGAGCAGAGUUAAGAUGGGUGUUCUGAUGCCAAUAAUGGGAGGCGACAAAAAGUUUGCAGCUUCUGGACUCUUUGAUGCUGACUGUUCUGUGGCUAGGUUCCAGGCAAAUGGAGAACAAUCCGACAAUUAUACGACUUCGUUGAAUUUGGAGCUUCCUAAUUUGAACUGCAAUAGUGGAAUUAAUGGACGUGCAGUUGUCUGCAAGCGGUAG